UUUACUUUUUCAGCUGUCCUGAAGCCCGGAGUCGUCACCGUGUACGAGCAGGACGGUGCCACCAAGAGGAUCUUCGUUUCCAGCGGCACCAUCACCGUCAACGAGGAUUCCUCCGUUCAGGUGCUGGCCGAAGAAGCUCACCCCGUUGAGGAUCUGGACUCCGGUGCGUGCCGUGAGAUUCUGUCCAGCGCCCAGAGCCAGCUGUCCUCCGCCUCUACUGAUAAGGAACGUGCCGAAGCCGGAAUCGCAGUGGAGGUUGCCGAGGCCCUGGUGAAGGCCGCCGAAUAAGCGCGAUCGCGGUGAAUACUGCCAUCUCAGAUAAAGUCUUUUGUUGAAACCAUUCUUAAUAAGCUAAAUAUUCACGCACUGCGAUUGGGCCAUAUAGUAAAACCGAUUGAAUCGAUGGAACGUUUUCGGAUAUUCGGGGAAGACAUCUUAGGGUACAGCCGAAUCGAAGGUGCAGUGAACAAGAACCAGUUGUGAGGGAUUAAUAAAUUGAAGCAGACAGCGAGUUUAGAAGCGUA